AUGUCGAUGCAGGCUGAGCGGCAGUGGAUGCAGAAGUGGACUGUGGAUCCAAGAAACACUGCGUGGAGCAAUGACGAUUCCAAGUUUGGCCAGAGGAUGCUAGAGAAGAUGGGGUGGUCUAAAGGAAAGGGUUUAGGGGCUCAGGAGCAAGGAGCCACAGAUCAUAUUAAAGUUCAAAUUAAAAAUAACCACCUAGGACUUGGAGCUACGAUCAAUAAUGAAGAUAACUGGAUUGCUCAUCAGGAUGAUUUUAACCAGCUUCUGGCUGAGUUGAACGCUUGCCAUGGGCAGGAAACAACAGACUCCUCAGACAACAAAGAAAAGAAGACUUUCAGCCUUGAAGAAAAGUCUAAAAUCUCCAAAAACUGUGUUCACUAUAUGAAAUUCACAAAAGGGAAGGAUCUAUCAUCUUGGAGCAAAAGAGAUCACAAUGACCAGUGCCUUCACCAUCGAGGAGUACUUUGCCAAGUGGAUGGUGGAGCUAAAGAAUAA